AUGACGCUCAGCCUGGGGAAGUGCGAGGAACCCGACACGGUCUAUUACGAGGAGGUCAUCCCGACGCUGCUCGAGUUUAUGCAGCCGACGACUUCAAUCAAGCACCUGCGCUUCUUUGGCUUUGGCGACCUCCGGUGGUGGAAGAACAACAUCCGCAUCGACUCGAUCGAGUGCGUCACGCUGCACGAGCAUCCGUCCGGUACCGACUACUCCCAGACUACCAAGCGCGACAAUCUCGCCUCUCUCCCACACUUUCUCUCCAUGUUUCCCUCACUCCGCAAGCUCAUCAUCUCAGGCUUCGGGCUCGUCACGGACGAAUCCGUCUCUGCGACGCCUAUCCCGCCCGGCUCGUUCGCCGCUCCCUCCGGCAACGACUCCUCUCAGAGGGACAACCUCGUCUCGACCUACCUCCCCUCCGUCUUCAAAAUCCUCCCCCACCGCCCCCUGCGCACCCUCGUCUCCGCCAUCCCUGCCUCCGUCUCCGAAACUGUCGCCACGAGCUCGGGUCUCCUCGGCGCGGACAAACCCUCCACCCCAACUACCUCGCCCAGCUUCUUCUUCCUCGACCACGCAGACCGCCUCGCCUCGCUCCUUGCUGAUUUGCAGAAGAGCCGAGUGGAGGAAGUGCGAUACCGCUCGAACGUGGAGAGUGAGCGCGAGGUGCGGAUUAGGCGCGAGGGGAGGGGAGGGCAGUGGGAGGGCGAGUGGUGGGAUGUGUAG